AUGGCGGGUUACGCGCGUCGCCCGGGCGUCACCCCGCUGACCCGAGCCCGGAGCUUGGUCAUUCCGGACGCUCCCGCGUUCUUUGAGCGCCGGUCUUGUCUCCCCCAGCUAGACUGUGAGCGCCCCCAUGACAGGGAGCCGGACUCCCACCUCCUCGGCAUUCGGCCGACGUUUAUGUGCUAUGUGCCCAGUCCGGUGCUAGCGUCCGUGGGAGACACAGAUUUUGCCUAUGGAAAAGGGAAAGGCCCUCUGCCAGGCCCACCAGGAGCCCACAAGACACACUUUGGAGAUGAUAAGCUUGAAGAGCUUGAAGAAGCGAAUCCUUUCUCCUUUAAAGAGUUUCUGAAGACCAAGAACAUCGGCCUGUCCAAAGAUGACCCACCCAGCAGUAGGAUUUACGCCAAGGAGACAGCCAGACACUCUCUGGGACUUGACCACAAUUCCCCAAGUGUCCAGACGGUGGGCUUCGGCCUGGAGUACCCACAGCCGUUCUUUGAGGACCCGACGGGGGCUGGUGACCUCGUGGAUGAGGAUGAGGAUGAGGACGAUGCCUGGACUUGGGCUUACCUGCCGUCUGUGGUGGAGCAGACCCACUCCCUGCGGACCACCACCAGCACUUCGCCCUGCAGCACAUACGUGUCCUUCUUCUCGAACCCGUCGGAGCUGGCGGGGCCCGAGUCUCUGCCCCCCUGGACUCUGAGUGACACAGACUCCCGAGUUUCUCCGGCCUCACCCUCGAGUAGUCCCAACCCAGACUUUGCCACCCACGGAGAGUCUCUGGGGGACCGGCACCUGCGGACGCUGCAGAUAAGUUACGAAGCACUCAAAGAGGAGAAUUCUAAACUGAGAAGAAAGCUGAACGAGGUUCAGAGUUUCUCUGAAGCUCAAACAGAAAUGGUGAGGACUCUGGAACGGAAAUUGGAAGCAAAAAUGGUCAAGGAGGAGCGUGACUACCGUGACCUGGAGUCUGUGGUCCAGCAGGUGGAGGAGAACCUUGAACUGAUGACGAAACGGGCGGUGAAAGCAGAAACUCAUGCCCUGAAGCUGAAACAAGAAGUCAGCUCUCUGCAGGCACAGGUCUCCAACUUCCAGCAUGAGAACGAGGCCCUGCGGUGCGGCCAGGGUACCAGCCUGAGCGUGGUAAAGCAGAACACCGACGUGGCCUUGCAGAACCUCCGUGUCGUCAUGAGCAACGCACACGAAUCUAUCAAGCAGCUGGUUUCUGGAGCGGAAACAUUGAAUCUUGUUGCUGAAAUCCUGAAAUCUAUAGACAGAAUUUCUGAAAUUAAAGAGGAGCAGGAGGCAGACUCCUGA